AUGAGAAAUCAUCUUCUUCUUGCCCUGUCAUGUUUUUUUUUCCUUCUUGGAAGGUCUAAUGCAGAAUCUAGAGGACGCCCUUGCACCAAGAAUGACGACUGUGAAUUGUCGAAUUCUAUUUGUGUGGAAAACUUGUGCAUCAACAAGUUUUACAGAGAUGGUUGUUUGAAGUCAUAUGUGCCGAAUUGGACAAAGAUCAGAGUUUGCAACUCGGAUGAUCCACCCGAGGCCGAAGAUAUGGGAUUUUGUAGACAAUCGAAAUUCGAUUACAUGGAAAUCCGGGCGCUGGCACAAGACUGGGAGACCUCAUGGUUUUCGACUUGGAUUCUUCAAAUCCUUUUGAGCGAGAUACUUGAUGUUCCGGUUUCUGUUGAAACUGGUGGACCGAACAUGAAUGCUGACUUUUAUGGGCGAAACUUGCACAUCGACUCUGGUAUUUUUGAACCCAAUUUCCUGGAGCUUGAUUCAGGCGCUCAGAACAUUGAUUGCAGAAAGGUGAAAAAUAGUGAUCCCGAGAACUAUGAGUCAUGUGCUCAGAUUAUUCUGGAAACCUGGAAUUCCAACGAGUUGAGCAUCCAACCAGACAUUGAGAACCCCAGAGAUCUUGGUGCUUUAGGGGCCGUUCAAUGGUUCGUACCCCGUUUCACAGCCGAGAAGGACCCGAGUCUUCUAUCGUACAUCGGACUGUCUGGUGAAGACAAACGGCGAAAACUAGCUGAAACCUUCAAGAGACCAACCUCGUGGACCUCGUACUGCCAAGAAGUUUCAGGAAAUAACUGUACGAUCGACGAUGGUGUUGCUACACGUGCUCCCCUCAACGAAGAAGAAGGGACGAGAUUCUUUUCGGAAGGGCUUUACAUUGGUCACUUCCGAGCGACGGAUGAGAACGACUGCGACAGAUUCCCCAACACCUGCACUGGUCAUUUUGCAGAUUUUCCUUGCGAUUGGACUAGCAACUUCAGGCAACAGGCAUAUCAUCUUGGCAUACCUCUGAAGAGCAGUGGAUCCGGACCAAAAGGAUACAAAUACGGCGACCUGGCGCAGAUAUGGGCUGCCGCCAAUGCGACGAAGAGUGACGUGAUGAUGCUCUGGUGGCAUCCAGACUCUCUCUAUGAACAAUAUAUCGAAACCGACGCCGAAUUCACGAGAGUCGUCCUACCACCUCCAACCCAAGAAUGCGUCGAUAAUCGAGCAGAUUACGCGAGUUUAUGUGGAACAAAUGAAAUGGCCAAGGUUGGUACAGCCAAAGGUGCAUGCGACACGUAUGCGCAAUCUUUAAAGAAGCUCAUAGCUUCCACUCUCAGGGAUGCUACGUUUGAUUCAGCAACACCAGAGGCUUUGUGGAGCCCUGCAUACGAUGUAAUUUCAAAUUUCCAAAUCUCAAGUUUGCAAUAUGGAGAAAUAUUCCAGAAUAGGUUUCAGCUGGGUGGAGGGGACGUGUGGAACCUCGAUAAUUCAAGGGAUGCGACAUGUCGAUGGGUCGUUGAUAAUUUGGACUACAUAGAAUCAUUCAUUCCAGACACAUAUCCUCGAGUAUUACGGGAGGAAACAGAUCAAGGCAAUUUGUUCCUAGGCUUCGGUGUUGGACUCGCGUCACUUGCCAUCGUUCUGGUCCUAAUCGCACUGGGAGUUACGUGCGUGAGAAGGGAUACCAAGGCAAUGUACAUUAUUCAGCCGCAGAUCUUGCUUACAUUACUCUUUGGACUACUACUUGUGGCUGCUGGGGCGUUGGUUUUAUCAUUGAAUCCAACCGACGCUACCUGCGUUACAACGAUGUGGUUAACCGAUAUCGGAAAUGUGUUUGUCUUGACACCAAUGGCGAUGAGAGUGUACACUAUUAACAAAGCGGCAGGAAGUGGAAAGCGUAUGCAGAGGGUCCGGAUUCCUGCGAAAGCAUUCUACCGAGUCCUUGGAUGCUUUCUGUGGUGUAUCGUUCUUUUCUUGAGCGCUUGGACAGUGUUGGAUGCCCCAGAUGAGACUCUUCAUUUCGAUCUCACAAACGAAAAGACUGCGGAUGAUGAAAUUAUUGUGUACUUUUCAGACUGGUGCAGUUCCAACAGCAAUCUUUGGGCGUUGGUCAGCCUUCUUUGGAAGGCAAUGAUAUUGUUGCCUGCCAUCGUCGUAACCGGUGUUACAAGCCGGGUCGAUGACAUCAAUGGCACACGGGGGUUGGGUUUCACGCUUAUUGUGCGCUCUUUCUUUCUUGUUGUACAGGCAUCUAUACUUGCUACCAUUGAUGGGGAAAGGGGUUCCGCGUCCAUGGCAUACAUCAGUUAUAUUCUGAGUGCUGACACUAUCGCGACUACUCUACUUUUCGUGGUUCCAAAGUUCAUGACAGAUAACGAAAUCAUCCAGGAUGAAAUCCCUCCUGAUUUGUUUUUGAACACCACCGUCAUGAUUGCCGACAUUUACGGCUUCACUGCCUGGACUUCCGUGAGGGAGCCCGUUCAAGUUUUCAAAUUUUUAGAAACAUUGUACGAAAGGUUCGAUUCGAUUGCUGAUCGUCAUGGUAUCUUCAAGGUCGAUACAACUGGGGAGCACUACGUGGCCGCAUCAGGACUUCCAGAAGCAAGGGCUGAUCAUGCAAUCGUAAUGGCAAGAUUUGGAUCCGAAUGUCUAAAAACGAUGGAGUCCAUCACUAAACAGUUGGAGAUGAAGUUUGGUCCGGGCACGGGAGACUUGACACUCCGUAUUGGUAUGCACAGUGGUCCCGUUACAGGUGGCUUCAUGAGGGGAAAGAAGGGCACGUUUCAAUUGUUUGGAGACACCGUCACAACUGCUGGUCUUAUCCAUACCUGUGGUCAAAGUAAUCGAAUUCACAUGUCGGAGUCAAUGGCACAUCUAUUGAUCGACGGUGGCAAACGCAAAUGGGUCCAGCGUUGCGAGACGAAGAUCCAGACCGUUGAAAAGGGUGAACUUCAAACCUUUUGGUUGAUACGAAAGGGCCAACUUGGGAUGGCGGAAGGAGCCAUGGAAACUCGAUCCAAUGCGGAUACCAAUACAUCAGUGGAAGAAUUGCUAGGUUUGGAGACGUCCGAGUUUGAGGCUUCGGGCCAUCUUGACAGCCAGCAACGUUGGAUCGCAUGGAACACGGAGACACUGGGACAGAUCCUCAAGAAAGUUGGGGCUCUUCAUCAGCACCUGCAAAAACGUUCUAGUAUCAUCCCGCGAGCCACCCGUGCCACUGAAGACGGCAGUGACAAGUUCGAUAUGCCGCUGGAGGAGGUUCAAGAAAUCAUCGAACUACCUGCUUUUGACAAAGAGGCAACCAAAAAGCUUCGUGACUAUGGCAAUAAAAUGGAUCUGCCUUUAGAAGUCGUGGAACAGUUGAGAGAAUAUGUGACACAUGUUGCGGGCAUGUAUGAAAAUAAUCCAUUCCAUAACUUUGCUCAUGCGUCGUAUGUUGUAAUGGCUGUUUCGAAGUAUAUGGCUCGGAUUUUCGCAGCAUCCGAAAUUGAUGUUGGGCAUGAUGAAGAUAGAUACCUUUCUAAAACUCAUGCAGCGAUUCAUGACCAUACCUAUGGCAUCACCAGUGACCCCUUGACACAAUUUGCAUGCCUGUUUGCUGCAUUGAUUCAUGAUGUAGAUCAUCCCGGUGUGACAAAUGCUGUAUUGAUGAAGGAAAAUCAAAGAUUGGCCACUAUCUAUAAGAAUCGGUCAGUCGCUGAGCAGAACUCGUUCGAUAUGGCAUGGGAUCUAUUUAUGGACCGACGGUUUGAUGCCUUUCGUGGAUUUCUGUGUGGUACGGAAAGUCGUCUUCGUCGAUUCCGUCAAUUGGUCAUCAACUGUGUCAUGGCAACCGACUUAGGAGAUAAGGAAUUGAAGGAACUGCGUAAUGGUCGUUGGAAUAAGGCCUUUCUGGAAAGUAGUGAACGGACCACAUCGGAAAACAUUAGCAGUUCCUUCGAGAUUUCCGAGGCGGAUACAGAAUCAUCGCAGGAGAAGAAUGAGAAGAAGGGAGCAGAAGAUCGACGAGUUGGGACUAAUCGUAAAGCAACCAUCGUCAUUGAACAUCUAAUCCAGGCUGCAGAUGUCGCCCACACUUGUCAACAUUGGACGGUCUAUCGUAAAUGGAACGAGCGAUUGUUUCAAGAAUGUUAUGAGGCUUAUCAUCAUGGCCGUGUGGAUAAGAAUCCAGCAGACAAUUGGUAUCAGGGUGAAAUUGGAUUCUUCGAUUUUUAUAUCAUCCCGUUGUCGGAGAAACUACGUGACUGCGGCGUCUUUGGACAGACAAGUGAUGAAAAUUUGAACUACGCCAAAAGCAAUCGUGCACUCUGGGUCCAAAAUGGCGAAGCCAUCGUCGAAGAAAUGUUGGCAAAAUACAAGCAAAAGUCAUUGUCGGAAUACGACGAUGGCACUGAUGAUGACAUCCCUGUUGAAUUGAAACCUGGGGACGAGCCAACUGCAUCACUUGAAUUCUCCAACUAA